AUGGAGUGUAACAUCGGCUCGGUGACAAAUUUCUACCUCAAUAUGACGCCCGAGUUAUUCGUGCGAGGUGAGGCCAGGAAGAAGAUCGCAGACCUAAUGGUGCCCUUCAAUCUGAACAGGACCAGUAUGUCAAUAAUUUGGAGCACCAAGAGAUUCUUCUUUUUUUUUUUGGAUAUCAAUGAAGGUUGA